AGAAAAACAGAUCACUAGCUAUUGGAAGAACACGAUGAGGAAGAUGAAGCACUUGUCCUCCAUUGCUAACGACGUCGUUCUUACAUGCUCACAGGAACUAGGGUUAACCAUUGAUGAAAUGGUGGAAGAGUUUGAGCAUCAAUGGAAGCCUGGAACAGAAGGUACUUACUCCAAGAAGUUUGUAGAAUUUUGCAACUCAAAGGUGGCGAGUCGUGUUUGUGAUCAAAACAUACCUGAGAAAAUAAAAGAUGGUUCUUUUACACGUCUCACCUUCGAUAUGAUGCUGGCCUGGCAACAACCUGAUGCUAAUGACAAUGAGUCGUCUCAUCAGGAAGCUGUAGGUAAGGAAAGUGAAGACAAGAGGGUUCAAGCAACCUUAUCACCGGAGCAAGACGACAUCUCUCUUUUCUAUUCAGACAUCAUGCCGCUUCUUGCUGAUCAUGAACCAAGUGUGGGUGAAGAUGCAUUUGUGUAUUUGGCCUCAAUCGUUCCUCUCCAUGUGGAUGUCAUAAAUGGAAGAUACACAUUUGAGACUCUAACCGCUCCUACCGGCCACCAACUUCAUUUCCCAGCUUACGAUAUGUUUGUCAAAGAAAUACUCAAGUGUAUGAAGCAUUUGCAAAAGCAAGCAACGCCUAAAGGGGUCGACUUGGCGGAUGAUGAAAUUAUACUGCAUGUUGAAGGAACAAUGGCUUCACAGAGAGUGGUUCGCCACAUUAAAGAAACGAGCUGGCCUGGUAGGCUCACUUUGACAAACUAUGGACUAUACUUUGAAGCCGCGGGAAUUAUAAACUAUGAAGAUGCAAUUAAGAUAGAUCUUACUAAAGACGGUGCCAGUUCCGCAAAGCCUACUUCCACUGGUCCAUGGGGUGCCCCUCUUUUCGACAAGGCCAUUGUCUACGAGUCUCCCGAUUUUGAGGAUGGAAUUGUCUUAGAGUUUCCUGAGAUGACAAGCUCAACAAGAAGAGAUCAUUGGCUUAUGCUUGUAAAGGAGAUAACAUUAAUGCACCAGUUCUUGAAGAAAUACAAUGUUCAAGCUGCCUCACAGGCUUGGGAAGUCCAUUCGAGAACAAUAUUGGGAAUCAUACGGUUGCAUGCAGCCCGUGAAAUGCUGAGAAUUUCUCCCCCGGAUCCAAAAAAGUUUUUAAUAUUCAGUUUAUUUGAGGAAGUUCCCAAGGGAGACUUUGUACUAGAAGAGCUCGCUGAGAUUAGUCAAAAGGUGGGUGCUACCAAAAACCCGUGUAGUGCUAGCUCCAUAUUGAGGAAUAUGAACAGGGAUCAGCUUGGUAACAUAUUAAAAGAAGAGGGAGAAGCUAAGUGCAAGGAGAUAGUUAAAGAAACUGAUCAUAAAGAAGAAAUGCUUGCUUCUCUUGAAAGUGCAGUAAAUCAAACGAGAGAAGAGGGAAGGGAGAUUGAGAAGGCUAAAGCUACAACAACGGAACUCGAAGAAGAAGGGAUUACUGAAAGUGUGGCAGUUCUCAUGGAGUUGAUGAGGCCAUUACAAGACGCAUUGCCAUGGUUCCAGGAAGUGCUUUACUGGGAAAGGCCUUCUCGUACGCUUUUUGUUCUAGCCACAACUAUUUUAAUCGUCUACAAUGAGUGGGUUGGCAAGGGGAUAGCAGCUUGCUUAAUAUGGUUGGUGGUUAGAAUGGCUCAGAAUAGACAAAAGAUGGUACAGACAAAAAAGGAGGAUGCGGUAACAGUGAGCACCGAAUCUGACCAAACAGUGACUGAAAGCAUUGUGUCGGCUCAAUAUGGCUUGAUAAGACUUCACCAGUUGAUGCAGAAUGUCAACAUCACAAUCAUGAAGCUGCGAUCCAUAUAUACAUCCAAGGCUACCAAGCAUGCAAACAUGGUGAUGGCGUCGAUGUUAGCUUUGGCAAGCUUCUUUGCGGUGGUGCCAUUCAAGCUGGUCAUCAUAUUUGGUAUCAUAUACUGCUUUGUAAUGACAUCAGGUAUUGGUAAACGCAUGAGCAACGAUCAGAGUAACCGUAGAAUGAAAGAGUGGUGGGAUUCCAUACCCAUUGUUCCCGUUCGCGUACUUGACUCUUCUUCCAAGUAAUCCACAUAAUGUGAGAUUACUAAGGCGAAUGUUUUUCGUUCUUUUCUAUAAUAAACUAAAUAGAGAAAUAAUGUUUAGCACAAAGUUAUGUUCUGUAAAAUAUUCACAACCAUGUGUCACCAUGACGAUUAUAAUAAAUAAAUUAUAGUGUAUUUGUUUUUC